CAUUACAUAUAUCGGUUGAAUGCAUAAGGCAGCCUAAAACUUUUCUCCCUAAUGAAACUGAAUCAGUUUUUUUUAAUCGCGGAAAAUGACUUUUAAUGACUAUUGUAUAAAAACGUCUCUGUUCACAUUUGACAAUAUUUUCACACCAAACCAAUUGCCUUUCAUCGUGCUCACCUCUGUUGCGUAAUUAAGAGCUCUUAGUGCAUAAUUGUUUAUCUACUGAUUUACUUGUUCUGUGACUAUACCAGUCCUGUUUUACCUGUUUGCUGAGCAAUUACUUACUUAAACAGACACACACUAUCACUAUCGUCUCUUCAAGUUAUUCGCUAAUAUUUUCGCAUUUCUUUGACUUUGCUGGAAUAGGAGACAAUGUCUCGUGCAUGACUUAACGUGUAAAACAUGGAUUAAAUGUGUUCGUCGAUUAAAAUCCCACGGUAACUAAACCCAAGGUUUUGAUUUUUUUCAAUAUGCAGGCAUUCUUGCAAUUACAUGUGACUUUUGGAGGUAUUUCAGUGCUAUAUUAUACAUGAAAGGACGUAAUGAUAUAUAUUUUUUAAUAUUUUUAUCAUUUAGUGAAGGUGACAUCCUAAUGUUAUGUACGCUGAACGCGUGCACCGAAAUUUGAUGUUUUUUUUUUAUUUCUCGGUGACGCUUUUGUUUUAAUUAUUUGAGGUAAAUUGGACUCUGAUCUUGUGGUGGCUUAAUGGGGUAUGCCAUAUAAUUUUUCCAGCCCCCUCAUUUGACGGCCAAUUAAGAGGCAUAAAAACGGGGUCUGCCAGUGAUGUCUGUCAUCGAUGAUAUCCCAGCAAAUUACGGGAGAUAGCGUUAUCAACUAUAAUUUAUAUUCUGAUGUCACCAUGUUUAUGCAUGAUUCCAUUUUUAUCGUGUAUUAUCAUACAGCACUGAAAAAAAAUUAAAAUUAAAUCCGUCUAAUAUACCCAUUGAACAAGAGGUAUAAACAAAGGGGGGAAUGAAAAAGUGAUUUUUAACUCCUUAAAAGAAAUACUGCUUUUAUAUAUGAAAAUCGUAUUAUCACUAGGAAAAAGGAAAAGAGCACUUGAGAAUCUGAAAUAUCUGUAGAAUAUUUAUGAGGUAAAUUUCAUGUAGUAAUAUAAGGAAUAUUUAAACAGAAUGGGACAAUUGCUUGGGCUGCAUUUAGAUAAAAUAUUACAUUUAAUUUAUUAGUGCAAUGAAUCAUAUUCUGGACGGGGCAUUUAUCAAAUUCAGGUUACUUAAGAAAAGAAAUAUCGUUUUUUUAGGAGGUUAAAUACUAAUUUUUUCAGUCACUGUUGUAGACAUCAAAAUGCAUUUUCAACGAAACAUUUUGGUUCAGAAUAAUUGCGCCAUUUUAACGUACUAACACAGUAUUUUAUUAACUGAAAAUCAUCACUACCUAAACAUGCUAAAAUCUCGUGGUAACAAUUGGCAUGCCCUUUAUUUCACCUUUAGAUAAAGAUCGCUGUAAUGAGUUAAAAUUCUUGCCCUCAUUUGGUUUGCAGAACAUUCUCUUUGUUACAGUCGGGGAAAAAAUAAUUGCAUACAACAAGCAAAAAUCAAAGCACGGUGAACUAUUUGUAUCAUUAUUUUUUUUUUUGCCUCAGUCGAGUAAUUUCUAUUUUGCUUUUGCCACUGCUUUUGUGCUAGUCACACCCCGACUUAAUGACCGAAAAGUAUUGGUGAAUGAUUGGGAAAGACUUUCGUAUUGGAUUUGAUUUAUACUCACGGGGAAGAAAGGUUUAAUUUACCCGUGCAGGUUCUCUCAGCGAAGGGCGGUUGUGUCUAUUUGUUGUUCAUUUACUGCUUUAUCACACGCAGAGGGCUUUUUACCCUGAAGCUUCAUCAAAUCUAAAAUUAGCAGCUGUACUCUUAACUGACUAAUAAUAUGAAGAACUGCCAAGAGUAGAACCUUUCUUAAUAUCCCCCUAUUCUUCUCAAUUUUGUAAAUAUUCCUCUUAGUGGUAAGCUCUGUUUCUCCUUAUUAUUCCAUCGACCUACUUGAGAUUGACUUAUGUUGAAAGGGUUUUGUGAUGUUCAUUAGUGAACAGCAGGUUACAUGUUAGAGUGACGUUAAACGCGGUUGGAGGCUGCUUUGGUCUUGAUUUACGUGCUGUCCUAGUCCGCGGUUUGGUCAUUGGUCAGUUAUCGUUCUUCUUUGAAAAUGAACGGCCAUUUGAAUUAACUGGUAAGGGUGACGCAGUGCGUUGCUUCAUGGUAUAAUUAUUCAUCUUUUGCGUAACUUUUGCUACAUCUGUGAAUAUGUAUAUUUGAGUGAACACCUAUCUUGCAUAAAUUAAAAGUAAGAAAAUUAUCUUUCCUAAGUUUUGAGUUCCAUUACCUGUGACCAUGGUGCUAUAUCAAAUAACCGAAGAGAUUUCGUGAGCUUUCCGAUAAAAUUUCCCCAAAGAAUUAACUCCAACUUGCAUGUACAAGGGCUAUGUCUUGAAUAUUUAUCUUUGUCUACUUGGAAAGUAUUCGCCAGUACUUUUGCUACGGGAUGUAGGUUAAAUUAAAACUUGGAUAUAUAUUUGCUUUUAAACAGCUUUAAAAUAUAAAAGCAAGGGCAUUUACUCAACGGCCAAAAAUCAUCCAAAUAUAAGCUCUCAUGUCAAAAAUUAAUUUAUUUUCAGCUGAUGCAAUUGGCAUGCCAAAAGUCUAUUUUUUAAUAUACGGAUUUAAAUUAUGAUAGCUGGAUUGUUUGAGUGUAUUAUGAAUGGUGAAAUUGACAUUGUAAAAUACUCAUUUAUUUUAUUGAAAGCUAUCAUGCCCACAUAAUGCUGAAGGAAGGGGAUUGUCAACAAGGUAAUUCCCGCUAACUUGAUUGUGGCAUGUUAUCAGCUAUAAAGUUACGUCCUGUGAGUUAACCAAAGAUAAUAAAGACAUCAUCAUCAUGUUUCCAGACAUAGAUAGAUAAUAACAACACUAUUUUUGAUUCACUUCAAUCGUUCUCCGGAGACAAAAGACAGAUAAGAAGUUAUAACAAUGGUACAAGAGAACAAGGGGGUUUGGGAAUCGAUUUUCACGGAAUGUCGAUUUCAAGAUGGGAGAUUUGCGUGGAACUUCAUCGUUUAGUGAUGAUUCAAGGCAUAGAGUGGGUGACGUGCUUGAUGCGGAAGUGGACAAAAUAAAGUUGUCUUAGGAAAAUUGCAGGACGACACGGAAAAUUAUCGGAACUUGACGAGUAUAUAGUGUGAGCAAAUACGACGUCUGUCAACAUGACACAUGAACGGGCGGAUGCCUUAGCAGAAACAGAAAAAAAGAAGAGUGAAAAUAUGGGUAGUCCUGUAAUAAAUAAUACCGAGAGCUGCAAUAGAUAUAAAAAUAUUAUUCAAAUCUUCCCCCUAUCAAUGGGCAUCGGUUAAUUUUUCAUGCAUUUUGUAAAGAUGAUAUGACAUGAGUGAAAGUGAAUUAUGCAUACAUAAUGCGGUUCUCACACUCCAACAUUCCUCUUCUUUUCACCAGCUGACAAGCAUUUCUUUAUGACCAUGUAGAAUUCUAUUAUUUUGGAUUCAGACGCAGAGGAUGGCGUCUGACUGUCGGAGCGCAAUAUUCUCGAGAGAUGCCGGAGGAUAUGUCAAUUCUUAAUCUAUGCAUUUUUUUCUCAAACGCAAUCUGGUGAUAUUUUAAUUAACAUGCUCUAUUUCGUUUUUAUAUGCUAUUAAUUAGAAUCUGUAUUUAUGCCAUCGUCGUCUCUGAUAAAGUUGCAUCUGUCCGCAUAACAUAAACCCCCGCAAUAAACUUUUUUAAUAUCUAAGCCGGUUUUGUGUAGUAGAGUGCAGCUGAAUACUGAUUCCAUGAGUAAGACAGGGGCACAAUCCAUCCACCUGGAUUGAACAUUGGAAGUCAUUUACUCAAGUCAAGUUAAUGAAGUGGAAGGGGUAUGGGAUUAGGACAGUUUGAACUCAGUGUGGCUCUUGUAGAAAUAUUGAAAAACCCGCAGUUUCAAACAUGGGAACGCCGCGACUGAUGGGACUGGGUCCUUUGUCACCGUACAAGCUUUGCGGAGCCGAGCAAAACUGCUAAGCGUUCUCGGCACAUGCGAAAUGACCGAGGGAGAAUCUGCGAGCGACCCACCGAGAGGGAAUACUUAAAUUCUCUCAGGCGACUGCACUUAAAGCCCUUUCUCUUCCCUAUUCAUCUUAGUGCUCACCUGACGAUAGCCCGUUUUUAACGCGGAUUUGCAUUACUAUCCUCAUCUGUCUGUCAUCAAACCUUAAGUGGAUGAAAACACAAAACAUUAACAUAAUUAUCAAUAUUAAUUUGCAUUCGACGUGUCGCAAUGCAUUCUGCCUCUUAAGGGAUCUUCUAUCAGAACCGUAUUCAAAUUCGUCGAAGGAACAACUAACGUUACUGGAACUGGGAAGUGGGAUUAACAAAAGUUAAAGUUUGUUUUGCAAAAUGUUUGACUUGUUCGACGGUGGAUUAACAAUAGCGAUUCCGCAGAUAAGUGUAGAUGAUAGUAGCACGAAAUCGGAUCAUCACCCUUUUGGCGGUACACCGCUAGCAAUGCUGGCCGCACAGUGUAACAAGAUAAGCAACAAAAGCCCGCCACCGCUAGCGGACGCUGCAGUAGGGAAAGGCUUCCAUCCCUGGAAAAAGACUUCACCUCCGACCUCCCCCACGUCAGCCGGCCAAUCACUCUCACUGGGCUCUCCACAGCGCGUGACUGCCCUCAGCGCUUCGAUGACAACCAGUAGUUUGAAUUACCCGCGGACCUCGGUCACGACGGCCGGUCCCACGUCUUACUCUAGUGAAUUGUUGUACCCUAGCAUGACAACUUCAACGGGGCAGACAGACUCUAAUUCGGCAAUCAUACAAAAAGUCCACGCAGAUAACGCCGCCAUGAGCAAUUCAGGGUUUUCAGGUAUGUACUCUCGCAUGCCUGUCUCUAGUCAUCCCUACGAGUCGUGGCCGUUCAACACUUCACAUCCGUCUAUCCCAAAGCACCCUGACGUCGGCAGCGGCGUCGCUUCUACGUCUCCGUGGUGGGACGUUCACUCUACCCCGACCAGCUGGUUCUCAGAGGCCCCCGGGGCCACGGGUGCUCUUCACACAGCGAUCUCAAACACUAACUAUCCCUCCUCGGAUUACGCUUUAGGUCCCUUCAGCUCAAAUCCUGCCCCGUUCUUGUCGUCUGGACAACACCUUUUACAGGACACUUACAAGUCGAUGUUGCCGUCACAGAAUGACCUGUCCAGCUCCACCAUGGCCAGUUCGUUUCUCCCGCGUCCUAGCUUGAGCGGGAUGCCUAGUCCGCGCUCUCAGCGCAGGUACUCAGGGCGAGCGACAUGUGAUUGUCCGAACUGCCAAGAGGCAGAGCGCCUGGGUCCUGCGGGGGCUCACUUGAAGAAAAACAUCCACAGUUGCCAUAUUCCUGGAUGCGGAAAGGUGUACGGUAAAACCUCACAUUUGAAGGCGCAUCUGAGAUGGCACACGGGAGAGCGGCCAUUUGUAUGUAACUGGCUGUUCUGUGGUAAGCGAUUUACUCGCUCAGACGAACUUCAACGCCAUCUGAGGACUCACACAGGCGAGAAACGUUUUGCUUGUCCCGUAUGUAACAAGCGGUUUAUGCGUAGUGAUCAUCUUGCGAAACACGUUAAGACGCACAGUGAAAAGAAAGAGGGGGAAGAUAGUGAAAAUAGCCAAGACGUCAGUUCACCCGGGGGACAGAAUAACGCUAACCCGAGCGUCUCCCCACAACAACCAACGUCCAACUCCAGCAGUCAAGGAGCGACAACAUCCGAAGUAAAAGUUGAAAUGAAAAACUCAUUAUAACUUAUGAACAAUUUAAUGACAUUUAAAAGACUGUCAGUAUAAAAAGACACGACUCUUAUAAUUAUUAUUGUUCAUAAUCGCAGCAUUAUUAAACGACAAGCUUUAGUAAGUUCGUACUGUGGCUUUAUAAAUAUUAUUAGACAAAAGAUUUGUGCAAUUUUUACUAAACAGUACUUUUUCAAAAUGCCAAUAAUCUGUUUGAAUAUGAUAUCUACACCCGACAAACAACAAUUACACAUGACAAACAAAAUGUUCCUUUUAUCGUGAUAGAGAUACAAUUAAAUGCACUAAGUGCAUUAAUUACAGACUUAGCAAAAUGAUUUACUCAUUAUAGACAUAAUCGUAUUGUGCACUUGUCAUAGAGACUUGUUAGAUGUAUUAGAGUUUCGUUUUGGAAACCGUUUUGUUUAAUUUUAUUAUCUACAUUUUGAAGUUUUGAUAUUCAUCUUGUGUAUUUUUAUUAUACAUUUUGAUAUUUUGGUGCAAUUGGAGUAAUUUUAGUUUUAAAAAAAUCGCACGACUGAUGUACCGCUCAAAUUUCCGAUUUGUUUAUUUCAAAACGCAUACUUUAAUCAGAUAUUGAAAACCGAUGUUUUGAUGUUAUUUCUGGAUUAGAAGAUUUCAAAAAAUCGCAUUAAUAAAUUCUUACGUAUUUGAUGGCAUAAAUUAAUUUUUCUUUAAUUUUAGUUUUUCUCAAUGUGAGGAUUUAUCCGAAAAUUUUGAACUACAUUAAUUGAAGAUCCAAGGAUUCUCGGCUAUGCAGAAAAUCCCUUGUGCAGAAUGUGGUUAGAUUAUUAUGUGUUAUGAUUUGUUCAGUUUUUAUUUGCCUUUAAUUUUUUUCCGCUUAUUUGAAACCGAACAGAUUGAAUAUUUUAUUUAUUAUGACUGAAAAAGAUGUACGAGCUUUUUAAUGUAAAGAAUAAGAAAGUAUAAAAAACGACAGGGCAAUUAUUUUUCAUGAUUUAACCGUGUUUAGAUGUGCUUUUGUGAACCUCACUGAAAAUUAUAUCUUGGAAUAUAUUUAGGUGUUUUGUGUGUAUAUAUAUAUUGUAUUUAGCAAGUGCUUUAAUAGGACUUAAGAUGUACACGAGGAGGAAAAAACUGAUAUUUUAGGUUCAUGAACACGUUUAAAGCGUGUUGAAUCUCUGGAGUUUUUCUGAAUGGAGGUAAUGCUGUCAUAUGUUGGGCAAUAUUAGUGUAGCUUUAGUUCUUUGGAGAAAAGAGGCAUUAAAAUGUUAAUAAACAUCUUUUCACGGAAAAUAUAA